AUGUCGAGGCCACAGCAGGUUGCCCGACCUCUCGUGCUGACCCUGCGGCAGGCCACCGCCACCGCAGCAGCCCAGAGCCCCUCUUGUCCCCUUGUCGUUGCUGUUCGUCAGUUCUCGUCGACUCCGGCGCGCAAGAAUGAGCCGACAACAAGAACAACAGCAUCCCCCGCGGGAACCCCAGAUCCGGUUACCGAGGCCGCCCUGCUCUCCCAGAAGCCGAGCUCGAGGAUACCGUCAACAAUCAAGACUGGCUCUCCGGACGAGCUGAGCAAGUUUCUGGACCCUUCUUUAGGUUCGCAGAGACGUCGCGCCGCCAUGGCCACAACAGGAGACCUCCCAUUUACCCAGUUGCCGUACCAAUGCUUCCAGGAGGCUCGGAAACUGCUGGCCCAGGACCGCGCCGAGAAGGUGGCCAAGAUCAUCGAGGAAACUGAGAAGAUCAAGCGUCUAGAGGCUACCGACCCCAGUGUUUUCCGUGGCGGCGAGGCAUACAAGCAGAAGCGCCUGGCCAGCUUGCGAAAAUAUGUUGAGCAGCUUAAGAUCCUCGCCGACAUCAACGACCCUGAGGUGAAGCGCCGCUUUGAGGACGGCAAGGGUAUGGAGGAGGAACUUCCCGGCGACAUGAACAAGCCUAUCUACCGCUACCUGGCUCACCGCAAGUGGUGUUCCAUGGACCGCAAGAUCAUUAUGCAGCGUAUCGAGCAGUUCCACAUUGUGCCUGACCUGCUGCCAAAGUUUGAGCCCAUCAUGGACGUCAAGCUCAAGUUCCGCGGCUACAAGAUCCAGCCUGGCGCCAUCCUCAACAGCGCCAUGACCGAGAACCCGCCGACCCUGCGCAUGCAAGUCUUCGACAAGGGCGAGCGCCUCUUCUCCAUUGUCGUUGUCGACUCCGACGUGCCCCAGAUCGAGACCGACUCCUUCGGCCGUCGCCUGCACUUCAUGGCGACAAACAUUCCUUGGGACCCCACGCGCAACUCCCUGCCCCUCAGCCGCCUAGGCCGUCAGGCGGCUGCUCCCCAGGAGCCCUCUUCCGAAUCCUCCGACUGCUCUACCGCUACCCCCUCUUCUUCCCUCGUUCCUGCCGAGAAGGGCGACCUUGUUAUUCCAUGGCUCCCUCCCUUCGCGCAAAAGGGUUCUCCCUAUCACCGGCUAAGCGUCUUUAUCCUGCGCCACAACAAGGACCAGCUCCUCGACGUGAACAAGCUGAAAGAGUUGUACAACGGGCGCGACGGCUUCAGCGUCAAGAGUUUCCGCGACAAGUUCGGUCUUACCCCUGUCGGCUUCACCAUGUUCCGUACCGAGUGGGACGACAACACGGCCGACAUCAUGAAGCGCCACAACAUCCCUGGCUGGGAUAUCGAGUUCAAGCGCCCUCGCGUCCAUUCAGCCAAGCCGCCCCGCAAGCCUCGGGGUUGGGAAGCCAAGCGCCAGGGUCCGAAGUACCGCCAUCUCUGGAAGUAUACCAAGCGCAUCCGCGGUAUUGAGUGGUCGAUGCGCUGA